GGGGCUCGGCUAAGAUGGGAGGGGGGCAUGGCCUGUAGUGUAUACUGCCGCGCCAUUGCCGAAUCUGCUCUCCAGGUCUCCAGGCCUUGGAUCGCUGGCCCCAGGGGCCGCAGCUGAGCCAGCUUCUGUAGUUGACCAUUUGAUGAGGAGCCCCGAAAGUGCUGCACCCCCACCUGUCUCGCAGACGCGUGAGAGCCCGUCCGGAGCCGGCUGAGAUUCACCUGGGCUUAUGAAGACACAGAUCCCUUGUCCAUGCCUAGUGACCAGUUGUGCCAGCAGCUGGUCAGGAGCUACUGUUGAACACGCUCUGCAAGUGUCUCCACCAGAAGUGACCAUUAGUUCACCCUUGGAAUAUGCACAGGAUGACAGACAAUAAGGAUUUAGAAGCUGAGAUUCACCCCUUGAAGAAUGAAGGCAGAAAAUCACAAGAAAAUCUGAAAAACCAGUUGAAAAAUGAUGAUCAUUUAAAAAGCAAGCCUGUGCAGUCCAGGCUCUCCCGCUGCCGCGCAGUGGCAUUUUUUCUUUCAUUGUUCAUCUGCCUCUUUGUGGUGUUUGUGGUCUCAUUCCUUAUCCCAUGUCCAGACCAACCAGCAACAUGGAGGAUUGAUUACAACGCUGCUGUCCUCUACGACUUUCUGACCAUGGAGGACAUAAACAGGGACAAGAUUCAAGAUGUUCUCUUUCUUUAUAAAAACACCAACAGCAGUAACAAUUUCACCAGAUCCUGUGCUGAUGAAGGCUUUUCUACCCCCUGUGCCUUUGUGGCUGCUGUGUCAGGGGCCAAUGGCAGGAUGCUCUGGGAGAAGCCUGUGGCCCAAGAUGUGGUCCUUGUGGAGUGUACUGUGUUGCAAUCAUCAGACAAUGAGGCAUCUUCCACCUGCAUCUUUGUGGGAAGACUUGGUUCUCUUGUUGCAAUUGACCUAUUCACAGGGGACAUCCUGUGGAGCCACCCCAGCAACCUCAGCGAGAACACCUCUGUCCUGAGCCCUCUGCUCCAGGUGCCUGACGUUGAUGGCGAUGGCACUCCAGACCUACUGCUCCUCACAGAGGAGGGAAAGAAGGUCAGUGGGGACAUCUAUUCACGCAACACCGGGCACCAGAUUGGCCACCGAGGUGCUCUUGGUGUGGAUGGAGACCACAGUGCCCUUCUCCACAUCACCUGGACAGGUGCCCACUACAUCCUCCUGCCCUGCGUGAAUUCUCUCUGUGGCUGCUCUGUGAAGGGUCUUUAUGAGAAGCUGACUGGGAGAGAUGGCCCGUUUAAGAAUGACCCCCUCUGGGAGAACAUGCUCAAUGCCUCUACCCACAGGAGGCUUCUGCCCAGCUCUGGAGAAGUCCGCUACCUGAUGAACAUCCGAGGGAAAGCUGGUCAGGAUGUGCUCCUUGUGAACUCCGAGGCCUGUGUUCUGCUGGAUGGGCAAGAAUUGACCCCCAGGUGGACCCUCAGCUCAGCCCAGGUCCUGAGAAAGCCCAUCCUCGGCCACUACAAACCAGACACCUUAGCCGUGGUCAUUGAAAACGGAACCAGCAUCGAUAGACAGAUGCUGUUUUUGGACCUCAGCACUGGGACUGUCCUAUGGAGCCAGGCUCUCCCAAGCUUCCCUGGGGUCCCGCCAUCUGCCAGCCUCCCAACCACAGACCACCGCUCAGCCUUCUUCUUCUGGGGCCUCCAUGAGCUGAUUGGCACCAGUGUAAUGGAGCCCAGAGACACUCGGCACAGCUUGUACAUGUUCCACCCGACCCUGCCCAGUAUCCUGCUGGAGCUGGCCAAUGUGUCUACCAACAUUGUUGCCUUUGAUGUGGUCCUGUUUGAACCGAAUCGCCAUGCUGCCUAUGUGCUCCUGACAGGCCCUGCAAGCUCAGAUGAGCCGGGCCUGGUCUCCGUGACCAAGCACAAGGUUCGAGACCUUGUCCCCAGCAGCAGAGUGGUCCGCCUGGGCAAGGGCGGGUCAGACAGUGACCAGACCAUCAAGGACCACUUCUCCAGGCUGCGAUACCAAAGUGUGGCCUAGGUGGUGUCAGCUGGAGCACAGGGAAAUUGUCCAAUUUUCCUGCAGUUGCUCUGCUGACCCCUCACUCCUGAUACUCGUGACAGUGUUUUCUGGGGAGCUGUGGCCUUAUUAGCUGUAUUCAGGGAUAGGUGGGGGGUACCCCAGGCCUCCUGCCCAGUGCACCCUGACCUCCCUACAGUCUUGCCAGUAGCCAUGUGUCUUGUCAAGGCCAAACUGCCUCCCUGUCUUCUCCCUGGAUCACUAGGACAGAACUCAUUCUCUGUGCCCUCCUUACCACUAGCCUCUCACCUCACUGGAGAAGCCACUGCUGUAGGACAUGCUGCUUCCCCAGGCCUCAGCACGGAUUCCCUUCCUCCUAUUCCGGCUUAGUUUUCUUAGCUGCACCAUCCCCACACCCAAUCUCAAAGCUCCAGGGGUGGAGGGCCCUGGAGACAUCCUGAGAACAGCAGCAGGAAAGAGAGGCUGUGCAGCCCUUCCCAGAGCAGGGGGAAGGUGUUGGGUGUGGAGGGAAAAGAAUGAUUGCAGCAAUUACCUCUGACAGGUGGGCAGGGGCCUGCACUGGAGUGCACACAUGCCAUUAGGGGGACCACUGUGCCCUGGGGAUAGUGGGCACUUCCCUACUCCACUCCUAGUGCUCACCUGAUGCAGGACCCACUUCUGUGCCUUGUUGCUACUGAGGCCCAAGGGCACCUGUGUACCCUAUGCAGAGCAGACCCCCCCCCCGACCAGAGCCCAAGCUUUGUAGCCAAAGUUGUCCCAUGACUCUAGCCACCACAGAAAACAGCAGAAUAAAUGAUUUGCACUGUCUGAAAAGCCUCAGUAA